AUGGCCAAGUACCUAGAGACCUCAACCACGACCUCAAAGCCAAGAUCGGACCGGACAAAAGGAAGUGAUGACGGAGACACAGAUUACGUCGUAUCUGACCACCACCGGCUGGUAGCCAGGAAGAACUGCAUGGGGGCAACAACGAAGAGGCUGAAAAGGAGCGGAGACCACCAUAGAGAUGUUGUAUGGGAAGAAAAAUAUGUUCCAGCAGACUGUAAGGAGGGCAACCUCAUCAAGCGACCCAAAAAAGGAGACCUCAGCAACUGCGCCAAGUACAGAGGAAUAACCCGCCUGUCAGUACCAGUGAAGGUCUUCAACAUGAUCCUACUUGAGAGGAUCAAAGGUGCAAUCGACCCCCUCCUGCGAGAGCAGCAGGCUGGCUUCUGAACAAAUUGUGUAUUGACCAGAUCGCUACAGAUUGCUACCUUGCGCAUCAUCGUCAACUACGAGGAGGUUUUCGACAGCGUGGACUGUAAAACCCUCUGGAAGCUGCUUCGCCAAUACAGAGUGCCAACCAAACUGGUCAACUUGAUCAAGAACUCCUUUGAAGGUAUGACCUGUCGAGUAGUCCAUGAAGGUCAGCUAACAGACAGCUUCAGGAAGAAUGCUGGCCGAAGUUCCUUGAAGUUGAUUGUCCAGCAGGUGGCAGUAGCACAGCAUCGUGUGCACAGCUGCAGCCGGACCAGGCUGCGCUUCCGCUGGGCCAACGGCGUGUGGCUGCGCACCCAAGCCUCCAUCCGUCCCACCGGCGCAAGUAGCAAAGAGGGAGGAGAGAAGGUGUGA